GUCAGUUAUAAAACAAACGUUGUCAUUCUUCGGAAACCAUUCUGCGUUCCACAAACCAGCUCGACUCGUGUGUUCUCCAAACUUUCCUCUCCACUGUAGCCUCUCGCAGAGUCGUAGAUCGCUGCUCCUCCAUCUCCACCUUGCGAGUUCCAUUCGCCACGGUCGUUUUGUUACAGCGUCUCCCGUCGCCUGCAAUUCGCCAAUUUGGGACCUCUUAACUCGUCUCCUGAGUCCUAGAGAGUAGCUAACCACCUCGCUAGCUCGCUGCGCACCAGCCUCCAGAUUCCAUAUCUCUUCUACGCCUUUACUUCCUCUUCACUGGAAUUCAUCAAUGAGACAGAGCAAAACUUUGAAGCUGAGCAGCCCUCACAAGGAGUGAAGCUAAUAAACUGCCACCAGGCAACUCUUUUCAAGUCAAGGGUUAGUCAGAAAUUAAACUUAGCAUAUGCAUUCAGAACAUAUCAUUGUGCUAAUACAGGGAUGACACGUCAUGCAUUCAAAAUGAUAACUUCAUUCAACAAAUCCUGUUCUGUUAUCUAGAUUUUCAAGAUGAGUGAGUGUUCAUGUCAUAUACAUUCAACUGGGGGAUGUUAUUCGUGUGGGAAACGAUGUGUUGGGGUUCUACUGGAUGCAUGCUCAUGGUGUAGCUCAAAUCAUAGUCACUUUUUCUGUAUGAAGCAAAUAAACAAGAAUAGGGGGUUGGUGGACUACUUAUGCAAAGAUUGUGCAGCAGGGUUGGAUGCAUCUCUUACAAUACCAAGAAAAUCUGCUAGGAUUUUAAAACUGAAUAGCAUGUACUUUAAUGAUGAUAUGAUUGUAAGCAUUUCUUUUGAUUGGACGACUAAGGGAAGACUUAGCUAAACACAUGUAAUAGGAAAGUGUCUACCAUUCAUGAGAAAUGAAUCUUUAAAUGUUCAGAUGUAUUCCUAGCAGACGUGGAUUUUGAUGUACGAGUGUUUCAAUGGAUAUGACAUACUCCCUCCGUAUCACAUAUAUCUUCCCACUCCUAAAGUGGGUGAGAUUAAGAAUAGUGAAAUGGAGUAUGAAUUAUUGAGGAUAUGAUAGGAAGAUGUGAAAUAAUGUGAUGGAAUGAAGGAUAAAUCCAAAAAAAGUAGGUGUAGUAGUAUAUUAAUUUUUAAAUUAUUGAGGGUAUGAUGAGAAGAUUUAGAAAUGGGAAGAUAUAAAUGUUACGUCCAAAAAAAGAAAGUGGGAAGAUAUGAAUGUUACGGAGGGAGUAUGAAAUUUACAACGAAUGAACGAGUGUUUGAAUGCCAUUCAAAUGUAUUCCUAGCAGACGUGGACUUAUAUUUAAAACUAAUGAUGAAUGAAUGAGUGUUUGAA